AUGACAUCCGCCUCUUCCUCCUCGUUGCCCUCCCCACGCCUCCCCCAAACCCGCCAAUCCCUACCCCCGACAGCCCACCAUCCCCUCGCACAACCCGACGACGAGUCCGACCCGACCGGCAGCGGCCCUGCCCCCUCCGCGCGGGUACCUCGCCGAGCCCAACAACAACCCCCAGCACCGCUACCCCUCCGAGAUCGCCGCUCGACAGCCUCCCUCUUCCGCUCCACUCUCACGCCGCCUGGCUCCCGCUCCGCCUCGCCCGCGGGCUCGUUCGCGUCCGCCCGCUCCCCCGGCCGCGCCUCAACCAUGUCGCUACCCAUGACCGGCUCCGUCUUUGGCGGCGGGGCGCGAUCACCGUAUCAGCAGCAGCAACUACAGAACCAGUCGCUUCUCGACGCCGGCGGGGCGGACAAUCCGGGGGAUCCGCUCAGUUUGAUGCUGCAUAGCUUUGUGCCGCAUAUUGCGAUCCAUGCGUCGGUGGAUGUGGACGGGCUGGCGCGGGGGAAAGGGUUUGCCGCGGGGCUGUGGGAGCUGUUGCGGCCGUUUGGGGAGCGGGUGCAGGGGAAGGUGAUGGUGAGGGAUAGUAAUGGGGCGUCCAGGCCGUGGGAGGAUUUCUCGGUACGGUUUGUUCGGUAUGGGGAGGGCUUGGAAGAGCCAGAUGUUACGGGGUUGGUGGGAGGGGGGUUCCUCAAUGGGCAACCUGAUGCUAAUGCUGGCUCCGUCCCUGGUGCGGCGAGUGGGAGUAAAAAGGGGGAUAUCAUCGCACAGGUGGAAGCCGUGGUCGACAGGCAUCUGAAUUUUGCGGAGGAGGCUUAUGCCGGGAGUGGGAUGUCCCCGUCUGCAUCACCUACGAGGCUGGGGCUAGAUAUGGAUGCGACCUCGCCAUAUUAUGCGCUGUACCUGCGUCGAUUACUGUCAGGGUUGCCAUUUGCGCCUCACGAGUCGUUUGCCCACCCGGUGGCCUGCGUCAUGGCGAUCAGCUCGCGGGACCCAGCACCUAUCGAGACCUUACAGAAGUUGUACCGCGAGACGAGCCAGGGAGACCGCAGCUUGCCGCCAUGGGUAGACGGCGAGUACCUCCGAUACUACGUUCUCGUGCACGAUGAGGAGAACGGCGACAUCACCAAGUCGAUGGCGCUGUUUGACCAGAUGAAACGCAACUUUGGGCUACACUGCCACCUCCUACGGCUACGGAGCACCCAGAGCGCCGAGACGGACGACGACAGCAUCCCACUCCCGAGAAGCGACUGGAUGACGGCGGCCGAGGAACUGGCCGACAUCGAGGCGAGCGAGACGCGGGAAGACUUUGAAGACCCCACGCGGUACAUUUUCGAGUCGGACGCCACGGCGAUACGCACACUUGUGCGCGAGAUGGUAACCCAGUCCGUCGUGCCCACCAUGGAGCGCAACAUCUCGGUGUGGAACGACCAGGUGGCGUCGCGCCGUCGCGGACUCAGCGGUCGGUUCAUGAGCCUGUCGAAACGGUGGACCUUUGGCAGCUCGAGCCGCAGCUCCUCCGGCGCUAGCGGUAGCGGCGGUGGCGGCGGCGGGUCGAGCUCGUCUAGCAACUACGAUUCCCAGGGGGGCUUCUACCGGGCCGACAGCUCCGAGGCCAUCAUGCGGCGGCUCGCCGACUACGCCUUUAUGCUGCGCGACUGGAAGCUCGCCAUGUCCACGUACGAACUGCUCCGCAGCGACUUCCAAAACGACAAAGCCUGGAAAUACCAUGCCUCGGCCAACGAAAUGGCCGCCCUGGCCCUACUCAUCAUGCCGCCAAACAUGUCGUCCAAGACCCGCAUCGAGACCAUCAACCAGAUGCUCGAGCAGGCCCUGUACUCGUAUCACACCCGCUGUGACUCCCUCUACGGCGCCGUCCGCUGCACCGUGCUCGCCCUCGAACUCCUCCGUCUCCGUGGCGGAUCCGGCGUCGACGAGGCCGUGCGCUGGGGCAUCCGCGUGCUCGAGGCCCGCUUGACGGGCCCCGUCGGUGAUGCCCUGCUGCGCGAGCGGAUGGCCGUCUGCUACGCUUCCAAGUCGGGCCACGGAUCGCAGUCAUGGGGGGCACGCCAUCGCAAGUCAGCGUUGUGGAGCGUGCUGGGUGCCGAGGCGUGGGUCGCGCUGGGGAAGCAUGUGCAGGCGCAGCGGUGCUUGGGCGAGGCCAGGCGUAUGUAUGCGCUGCUGCCGGCGGAGUGUGGUGUGCAGAACUUUGGGGUGGCCAGUGAUUUCCUGGCCGGCUUGCAAGGGCAGGUCAAGGCCGGGUUGCGGGCGGAUGGGGGGGCAAAGGAAGAAGUGGAUGAGGAGCGUGAGACGCUAGGGACUAGCAAGCAAUCUAAACGGAUGAGCUUGAUCAACCCCGCGGGGGUGGCCGGUGUUGGGGGAGGAGGAAGUGCCGGGCUGGAAACCGCACCGCUGCAUGAUACCCUGCCAGCAGAGGCAGUAGAAGCCGGCCGUGUCAAUGACGGGUUUGGUUGA